AUGAAGUUCUCGCUAUCCGCCGUCAGCCUUGCUCUGGCUGUCACUGCCUCUGCAGUCCCCAUCGAAGAAGAGCAACACACCGAGCGAGCUACCGUCUCCGGCUCCGGCCCGGGAUCGAUCUUCCAGUUCGGAUCGGCGUCCAGCUGCCGAGAACUCUUCUGGGAUUUUGGCGCUUGUGGCCUCAGCACAUUCUUUGCCAACAAGGUCCCCUCUAGCAUGUCUCUGGUUGCGCUUCCUUCCCACAUCUUUGACGCACACGGUUCCUCGGAUCAGGACAACCCCCUUUGCGCCAAGAUUAUCACCAUGACUCACAAUGGCGUUACUCGACAGGCUGUGAUUGCGGAUGAAAACACCAGCAGCGAGCAGUCUAUUGAUAUGUGUUUGGACUUGUGGCAGGCAUUUGGUGGUCACGAUGGCGAUGGCACUCUCAUUGAGAACAUUUCUUGGUCUAUUGCUGCAUAA